GCAAAAUGCAUGCGCAGCACCACUGUCAAAUUGAUAAAAGUAGUGAGAUCAAGCAUAGGUUAUACAGAGGGCCUGGUGUCUAUUGUAAGAUGUACUUGCUGGAAUAAUCUGCUCCACAUGUGUUAUCAAGGGAGAAGAGAUCCUUGUCCAAUUCCAGCCGGAAAUACAGGGACAGCAGGUUUGAGUGAGCCAAAGAUGGACUGACUCAAAGUCUUCGCAGAAACAACCAUGGAAGAUAAGAUGUGCAUGGAAAAUGGCAGAUACGGUGCAAGUAUGUGGAUCUAACGCUGUUGUACAGGUGGUUAUAAGCCACUAUGAUCUGAGCUAGCUGAGCAUCCCACUCACUCAUUUGCUGCUCGCACACCACAAUCGUGCUGUGGCCGGUCGAACCCAGGUUCCUUAUUCGCUCUAGCUGGCUCCUGUUGCUCAUUCGUGGUACAUCUGAUAGAUCAACCGCCGAAUUAAUUUAACUCACCAUGCUUGUGCUGCUGUCAUUGUUGCUCAUUGCUCAUGGAGCAAGCAGCAGCAUCCGUUGCUCUGCAAUCCCUAACUAUGAAAGCACGGACAUGAUCUCGUUGCUAGAUUUCAAGCGGGCCAUCACCAAGGAUACAAGACGAGCCUUGAGGUCUUGGAACGCCAGCAUCCCCUACUGCCAGUGGGAGGGCGUCAUGUGCAGCCUGAGGCACUUAACGCGAGUCACGGAGCUUAACAUCAGCGACCUAGGCUUGGCCGGAACAUUGUCUCCUUCCCUCGGAAACCUGACGUUCCUGAAGAUACUGGACCUAUCCAACAAUAAUUUCACCGGCGAGUUACCUCCUCUUAACCGUCUACACAGGCUGCAACUACUUUUGCUGCGAAAUAACUCACUGCAAGGGAUGAUUCGAGACACCCUUGCAAACUGCUCCAAUCUAGAGUUGUUAGACCUGUCCUCGAACUUGCUAGUAGGUGAAAUUCCCCUCGCCCUUGCAAACUGUUCCAAUCUAGAGUGGUUAGACCUGUCCUCGAACUUGCUAGUAGGUGAAAUUCCUCGCAAUAUAGGCUUCUUAUCCAAUCUAUUAUUCGUAUACCUUGGCCAUAAUCAUCUCACGGGAAGCAUUCCCGAUGAGAUCGGACUAUUGCGAAAUCUGCUGGAUUUAUUCCUUGCUGGAAAUGGGCGCCUUUCAGGUGGAAUACCCCCAUCCGUGUUAAAUCUGUCUUCUCUCGUAGUAUUAGACUUAGGUAACAAUAUGUUAGAGGGCGCAUUACCAUCGAACAUCGGCGACAUGCUCCCAAAUCUCAAAUGGUUGGAAUUGGACUACAACAAGUUUGAAGGUCACAUCCCAGCAUCACUAGGCAAUAUUCCUGGACUACGAAGGUUAGGCUUGUCAUUCAACAAUUUCAUCGGCCAACUGCCUUAUUUAGAGUGCUUGCGGGCAUCUCUGCUCGUCGCGAGGUUGCCCGGAGCCCGAGACCCGUCGUCGUCUUCUUCGUCUCCGGUGCCCAAAGCCGCCGACCGCCGCCUCAUCGACCUUCGCCUCCCUCUCGAGCCCGCGGUAACCGGGGACUCACACGAACGUCUUGACAAACCAACUGAUUUCAGGCGGGCCAUCACCGAGGAUCCGACACAAGCCUUGAGGUCUUGGAACGCCAGCAUCCCCCAUUGCCAGUGGGAGGGCGUCAAUUGCAGCCGGACGCACCCAGGGCGAGUCACGGUGCUCGACAUCGGUGGCAAAGGCUUGGCCGGAACAUUGUCUCCUUCCCUCGGAAACCUGACGUUUCUGAAGAGACUGGACCUACACAACAAUAAUUUCACCGGCGAGUUACCUCCUCUUAACCGUCUACACAGACUGCAAGAACUUUGGCUGCAAAAUAACUCAUUGCAAGGGAUGAUUCCAGACAACCUUGCAAACUGGUCCAAUCUUGAGGUCUUAGCCCUGUCCUCGAACUUGCUAGUAGGUGAAAUUCCUCGCAAUAUAGGCUUCUUAUCCAAUCUAUUUUUAGUAGACCUUGGCGAUAAUCAUCUCACGGGAAGCAUUCCCGAUGAGAUCGGACUAUUGCGAAAUCUGCUGGAUUUAUUCCUUGAUGGAAAUGGGCGCCUUUCAGGUGGAAUACCCCCGUCCGUGUUAAAUCUGUCUUCUCUCGUAGUAUUAGACUUAGGUAACAAUAUGCUAGAGGGCGCAUUACCAUCAAACAUCGGCGACAUGCUCCCAAAUCUCAAAUGGUUGGAAUUGGACUACAACAAGUUUGAAGGUCAUAUCCCAGCAUCACUAGGCAACAUUUCUGGACUACGAACGUUAGGCUUGUCAUUCAACAAUUUCAUUGGUCAACUGCCGUAGCAAGCUUAUACUAGGAUGCUACCAUGUUUGAAUUGUACUCGGGUGCAGAAAUCUGAGCGGUUCAUCUAGGCACGUGGUUGUGUGUGCCGAAUUGUUUUAUCAUUGUAACACAAAUUAUAAUACCAGGCAGCUUGCAGUGUCUGCUACAGUUAUGUAUACAGCACAUCAUUGAAGUGAUGGGCCACAAGUCCAAACAGUGUCCGAUGUUGUCCGGUGCCGGCUUUGUGUCGUCAUCCUCCAAGUAAAUUAAAAAAACCAUCACAUUAAGAGUUAGGGUUUCA